ACCUGCGUGGCGACGUGUCGGCCAUCUUGUGUUGUUGAGGCUGAGGACUGACUUGUGUUCUGAGAGACUCCCUGUCCCGGACCGCAGCUUUAAAAGGACCUGAACAGAGUUUGCUCAAACCUCCUGCUGUGAACCAGCAGAACUUUUGAACAGGUUUCUCCACAUAUAAAAGUGUCUUGUAAACGUACGGAAAAGAAUGGCAGCAGAGACGCAGACUCUGAACUUUGGGCCCGAGUGGCUCCGAGCUCUGUCCAGUGGUGGGAGCAUUACGUCCCCUCCUCUUUCUCCAGCAUUGCCGAAGUAUAAAUUAGCAGACUAUCGUUAUGGCAGAGAAGAAAUGUUAGCACUUUUCCUUAAAGACAACAAGAUACCUUCAGACCUUCUGGAUAAAGAAUUUCUGCCUAUACUGCAGGAGGAGCCUCUGCCGCCGUUGGCUCUUGUACCCUUUACAGAAGAAGAACAGAGAAACUUUUCCAUGUCUGUAAAUAGUGCCGCUGUCCUGCGAUUGACAGGACGAGGAGGAGGAGGAACAGUGGUGGGGGCUCCUAGAGGUCGCAGCUCUUCACGAGGGCGAGGCAGAGGCAGAGGUGAAUGUGGUUUUUACCAAAGAAGCUUUGAUGAAGUUGAGGGUGUGUUUGGUCGAGGAGGUGGCAGGGAAAUGCAUAGGUCGCAGAGCUGGGAGGAAAGGGGUGACAGACGUUUUGAAAAACCAGGACGAAAAGAUGUAGGGAGACCAAAUUUUGAGGAAGGUGGGCCAGCGUCAGUGGGGAGAAAGCAUGAAUUUAUACGAUCAGAGAGUGAAAAUUGGCGUAUUUUUAGAGAGGAACAAAAUGGAGAAGAUGAAGAUGGAGGUUGGCGACUAGCUGGAUCAAGAAGGGAUGGAGAGAGAUGGCGGCCUCAUAGUCCUGAUGGCCCUCGUUCUGCAGGCUGGCGGGAACACAUGGAACGACGGCGAAGGUUCGAGUUCGAUUUUCGAGACCGGGAUGAUGAGCGGGGUUACCGCAGGGUGCGCUCUGGCAGUGGGAGCAUAGACGAUGACAGGGACAGCUUGCCCGAGUGGUGCCUAGAGGACGCGGAAGAAGAAAUGGGCACAUUCGACUCAUCGGGAGCAUUCCUCUCUCUAAAGAAAGUACAGAAAGAGCCUAUUCCCGAAGAGCAGGAGAUGGACUUCCGGCCUGUAGAGGAAGGGGAGGAGUGCUCGGACUCUGAGGGUAGCCAUAACGAAGAAGCCAAAGAACCCGAUAAGACACAUAAGAAAGAGGCAGAGAAGACAGAUAGAAUAGGAGUUGAAGCUAGUGAGGACACACCUCAAACCUUAACGUCAUCUGCUAGACCAGGUACUCCUUCAGGUCAUCAGCCUCAGGAAGCACCACCGUUUGAGAGGAAAGAGGAACCCAAAACUGAGCAAACGGAAAAAGCUGAAGAAGAAAGUCGGACAGAAAAUAGUCUGUCAACCAAAGUGCCCAGCCGAGGGGACGAAAUGGUGCCUGACGUCCAGCAGCCCCUGUCACAGAUCCCUUCAGACACAGCCUCUCCUCUCCUCAUACUUCCCCCACCUGUCCCCAGUUCUGGUCCUGCCCUCCGGCCGGUUGGAACUCCAGUCGUGGGCGCUCCUGGUAUGGGCGGUGUCUCCGCGGAGCCGGAUGAGGAAGAGGGCCUCAAACAUUUGGAGCAGCAAGCUGAGAAGAUGGUGGCUUAUCUCCAAGACAGUGCACUCGAUGAUGAGAGACUGGCAUCAAAACCGCAAGAGCACAGAGCCAAGGGAGUCUCCAUUCCGUUGGUGCAUGAAGCAAUGCAGAAGUGGUAUUAUAAAGAUCCUCAGGGAGAAAUUCAAGGUCCCUUCAAUAAUCAGGAGAUGGCAGAAUGGUUUCAGGCGGGCUAUUUUACUAUGUCUUUAUUGGUGAAAAGAGCAUGUGAUGAAAGCUUCCAGCCUCUUGGUGAUAUCAUGAAAAUGUGGGGAAGGGUUCCCUUCUCUCCCGGUCCAGCUCCCCCUCCUCAUAUGGGAGAGUUGGACCAGGAACGACUGACCAGGCAGCAGGAACUCACGGCCUUGUACCAGAUGCAGCACCUCCAGUACCAGCAGUUCUUAAUACAGCAACAGUACGCGCAGGUUUUGGCUCAGCAACAGAAAGCAGCCCUGUCUUCCCAGCAGCAGCAGCAGCUGGCGCUUCUUCUCCAGCAGUUCCAGGCCCUGAAGAUGAGAAUAGCUGAUCAAAACGUCAUUUCCUCAGUGACAAGGUCUGUGUCAGUGCCAGAUACUGGGUCUAUCUGGGAGCCUCAGCCAACAGCCUCACAGCCUCCAGUUUGGGAAGGCGGUAGUGUCUGGGAUCUGCCCCUUGACACGGCGACUCCGGGACCUGCCCUUGAACAGCUGCAGCAGAUGGAGAAGGCCAAAGCUGCAAAGCUAGAGCAGGAGAGAAGAGAGGCAGAAAUGAGGGCAAAACGGGAAGAGGAAGAGCGAAAGAGGCAAGAAGAACUCCGGAGACAGCAGGAGGACAUUCUUCGGCGCCAGCAGGAGGAAGAGAGGAAAAGGCGGGAGGAAGAAGAGCUUGUCCGAAGGAAGCAGGAAGAGGCUUUGCGACGCCAGAGGGAGCAAGAAAUUGCAUUAAGGAGACAGCGAGAAGAGGAGGAAAGACAGCAGCAAGAAGAAGCUCUAAGAAGAAUGGAGGAGAGGAGGAGAGAAGAAGAAGAGAGGCGGAAGCAGGAAGAGUUGUUGCGCAAGCAGGAAGAGGAGGCUGCAAAAUGGGCCCGGGAAGAAGAAGAAGCCCAGCGCCGAUUAGAGGAGACCCGGCUGCGGAUGGAGGAGGAGGCCGCCCGACUCCGGCACGAGGAGGAGGAGCGGAGGAGGAAGGAGCUGGAGCUGCAGCGGCAGAAGGAGCUGCUGCGCCAGAGGCAGCAGCAGCAGGAGGCUCUCCGGAGGCUGCAGCAGCAGCAGCAGCAGCAGCAGCUGGCGCAGAUGAAGCUUCCCUCUUCUUCAACGUGGGGCCAGCAGUCCAGUACAACAGCGUGUCAGUCGCAGGCAACACUGUCACUGGCUGAAAUCCAGAAACUGGAGGAGGAGCGAGAACGGCAGCUUCGAGAAGAGCAAAGGCGCCAGCAGAGGGAGUUGAUGAAAGCUCUCCAGCAGCAGCAGCAACAGCAGCAGCAGCAGCAGCAACAGCAGCAGCAGCAGAAACUCUCAGGUUGGGGCAACAUCAGCAAACCCGCAGGGACCGCCAAGUCGCUUCUGGAGAUACAGCAGGAAGAAGCCAGGCAAAUGCAGAAGCAGCAGCAGCAGCACCAGCAACCAAACAGAGCCCGGAAUAAUACACAUUCCAACCUGCACACCAGCAUUGGGAAUUCUGUUUGGGGCUCUAUAAAUACUGGUCCCCCUAACCAGUGGGCAUCUGACCUAGUCACUAAUAUCUGGAGUAAUGCUGACACUAAAAACUCCAACAUGGGAUUCUGGGAUGAUGCAGUGAAAGAGGUGGGACCUAGGAAUUCAACAAAUAAAAAUAAAAACAACGCCAGUCUCAGUAAAUCUGUAGGUGUGUCUAACCGGCAGAAUAAGAAAGUAGAAGAAGAAGAAAAGUUGCUGAAGCUCUUUCAGGGAGUAAAUAAAGCCCAAGAUGGAUUUACCCAGUGGUGUGAACAGAUGCUUCAUGCCCUUAAUACGGCAAAUAACUUGGAUGUUCCUACAUUUGUUUCUUUCCUGAAGGAAGUAGAAUCUCCGUACGAGGUCCAUGAUUAUAUCAGGGCCUAUUUGGGAGAUACCUCUGAGGCCAAGGAGUUUGCCAAGCAGUUCCUCGAGCGCCGUGCCAAACAGAAAGCCAGCCAGCGGCAGCAGCAGCAGCAGCAGCAGCAGCAGCAGCAGCAGCAGCAGCAGCAGCAGCAGCAGCAGGACUCCGUGUGGGGGAUGAACCACAGUGCACUCCAUUCAGUAUUUCAGACCAAUCAAAGCAACAACCAACAAUCCAAUUUUGAGGCUGUGCAGAGUGGCAAGAAGAAGAAAAAACAGAAGAUGGUCCGAGCAGACCCCAGUUUACUAGGAUUUUCAGUCAACGCUUCAUCAGAGAGACUCAACAUGGGAGAAAUCGAGACUCUGGAUGACUACUGAGCACCCGCCACGGACCGGCCUUCGCACCCUCCCCGCCGACCUCGGGCCCUCCACCUCCGGACACCACACUCACACACCAUUUAUCUUUAUCACUGCAACAAAUCACAGACCAGUCAUCUCAGGCCUUUUCUUCCAGCCCUGUAUCCACGAGUCCUUAAACCGCUUUUGUUGGCGAGCUUCUCAGACUGCAGAUAAGUGGCCGGACCCUGUGUCUCGGGGGUGGCAGUCGGGACCGCUCCCCAACAAGGCUGAUUCGGGGCAGCACGCGUUUACUGUGCCGUGAUUCCAUCCACCGUCUCCCAGAAAGUGUGUCGGGAUCUGCCAAUAGCAAUUUACUUUUCUCUUGUCACUUUUUUUCUUUUAUUUUGUUUUUCUUCUUCAUUUUACCCUCCUACAAGGGCAAGGGGUCUAACUGGGGCAGUCACGAAGAGAGGUAAUGGUGACAGGCGUUGGCCACAACGAAGCGCCCGCAGACUGUGACUGGAGCGCCCCAGUCCGAAGGCCGCGCUCCCAUCGCCCGCUCUGGGGCUGCAUCAAGAGGCCCUAGGGGUGGAGUGUAGUUGGCUUGGUUCGAUGUCGCACGCCCCACGCCUCUCCUUUCUGAGCGCCCUUUCGGAGAGAGGAUUCAAGUUUUCUUCAUUAGAUAGUGACUUCUAAGCGAGCUGGCUUCUCCCCUGGCCUGCUCCAACCUGACUGGACAGAGGAGACCCUGUGGCCUGGGAGAGGGACUUAUUCUUAAUUUUUCUUUCUUACAAAAACUGAUUUUUCCCAUAAAUAUUUUUACUUCAGAGGACUAGGACCAGUUUGUUUUGGGCCUUUCUGCUGAAAAUUUGUCUCGUUUAAGAGGCAGCUAGGAUCUUUACCAUAUGUAUGAAUUUGUAUAAUUUCACUUUGGAUAGGGAUAAACUUUUGCAUCAGAUAAAAGCCCGGAAUUUCACCUGGUUCCUCAGCAUUGCGUGUGUGUCUUGCUAUGGCCCCGAAAAAGUUUCGUUUAAAGAUUCUGGAAUGGCAGUGGCUUGCCUUUCUGAGAAGAGAACAUGCAAACAAACCUGCCCAUCUUUGAGACCUCCGUCCGUGGAAACCACUGUACAGGAGGACGCGGUGGGAUGGAGGGGAUGGGCGAGGACGGGAGGGACAAGCUUGGUGCUGGCUUCUGGUCGUGGCCUCCUAACACCCCUUCACUUCAGACGUAAAUGUGUUUAAGCCCUAUUUAUAAACAAAUGCUCUUCCUGCCUCCACCAGCCCCGCCCUGCCCAGCAUCACCUGGAAUUGCCAGUCGCACAGUGGGUGUGGAGCCCUCGGGCCGCCUGCCCCUGUGCGGGCCGCCUGCCCCUGUGCGGGAGUGCUGGGAGUGCUGGGAGUGCUGAGUUCGGGCGGCUCCUGCUGGGCUCCCUUUUCUUUCUGUCGUCGCUGCCUGGAGAAGGCUGGAGUUGCUCUGAGAGCGGUUUGGUUUGGGAUGAUUAUAUUUGGUUUCUCUUUUUAUUCUUUUGGAUUACCAUUCUCCCUAUCCCUUCUUGCCUCCCUCCCUUAAACAUGUACAUUAACUAUACAGAGACUGCUAUAAACAUGUAUAUAGUUUUUGGAUCAAAUAGCAUGAGGAGACGGGGAACCAUUUAAAAUUGGGACUCCUGCUCUCCUUUGCUUUGUAAAUUCAGAAGUGGGGGGUGGGGAAGAGGGAUAGUUAAAAUGUUUACAGAACUUUAAGCUCCCUCGGAACUUUUGCCAGUGUGGAGGAAAAUAAAAAAGAACGUGAAUAAAA